UUUGCAUAUUAACCCAUAUUUUUCCGCCGGCUUUUUCCCGCCACCGCUCUGCUUCUCUCUCCGAAGACGCCUACAUCUGCUCAACGCUUCGCCACUGUUUCAGAUAGAUUUUAGGUUUGCGCAGUGGGAGGAAGAAUCAUGGGGAAAAAAUUAAAAGCCGGGAAGUUCAAGAAGAAGGAAGAUAAUGGCCGUCCGAAGAAAAAUUCAAUUCGAUUUGAUUCUGAUAAUGAAGACAUGAUGGACGACGAUAUUGAUGUUUUUCAUAAGAAAAGGAACGUUAUACCACUGAACAUAAACGAGGAUGUGGAAGAAUCUGACGAGGAUGCCGAGCAGCCUGUGCUAGAUUUUGAGGAUGAGGAUGAGGAUGAGGAAGAUGAAGACACUGAUGAUGAUGAUGAUAAGCCACCAAAGGGUCUGGCUGUAAAAAUUGCAAGAACACAAAAGUAUUUGCGGGCUAAAUUUGGUGAUGCAGAGGAUGAAAUUCUUGAUGAUGCUGAUGAAGAAGAACCGGGAAGGGACUUUUGGGGUAAAAAAAGUGACCUGUAUGGCGCUGAUGUUGGCAAUGAGCCACAAUCAAGUGAUGAUAAAGAUGCAGCUGAAGAGGAGGAUGCCGUUUUGAAACGGCAAAUGACAAUAGCAAAUAAUUUGUCAAUGGAAGAUUAUGGCUUGGAAAGGAGCUUUGUUGAUUCCUCAUCAUUUGUCACAUUUCAGGAAAUCCUGGACCAUGGUAAACCCCCAUCAAAGUCUUCCCUCGACAAAUGAAUCAAGGAUGAAGAAGGAAUGACAUAUGAGAUAGUAAAGAAAGAUUUAAAUGCAUUGACAAAGGAAGAGCAAAUGGAUGUCGUGUACAGCUCUGCUCCGGAAUUAAUUGGCCUUUUGUCAGAGCUGAAAGAUGCCCUUGAGCAACUUGAGAACAAAGUGAACCCACUUGUAGAAAAGAUUAAAGGACAAGAGAGUGGAAAGAAGGGAGCGAUGCGCUAUAUUGAGGUCAAGCAGCUUCUAUUGCAAUCCUUUUGCCAGGCUAUAACCUUUUAUCUUCUUCUCAAGUCCGAGGCGCAGCCUGUUCGUGAUCACCCAGUUGUUACUCAUUUAGUUGAGAUCAAGAGUUUAUUGGAUAAGGGAGACUUGAAUCCAACCUUUGUGGUAAUUUCCUCUGUUCAAGAUGACGGAAAAAGUAGCCAGUUUGAUAGCCCGCCGAACCCUGCAAUGCAUUUAUGUGUAAUUUUUAGGAUUUUAAAAUUAAUGUAAUUUAAAUUUGAAGUAAA